AUGGAGGAGGCCAUGGUAGUGGAUUUGGAGGCGGCUAUGGCGGUGGCCAUUCUCGGUUAUAGCUCCGGUGGUUUAAGUGCUUAUGCUGGUAAAUCAUCUGGUAGCUUUGGUGGUCUAGGCGGUCACGCCUCUGGCAGUCAUGGAGCUUGGGCUGGCAAAUCCGCUGGUAGUUUUGGAGGACUUGGUGGAUAUGGCUCUGGCGGUGCUGGUGGUUAUGGCUCUGGUGGUGCUGGUGUAUGGGCAGGCAAGUCUUCCGGAAGUUUUGGUGGACUUGGUAGUUCUGGCAGUGCUGGUGGCCAUGCUGGUAAAUCUCUUGGUGGUGCUGGUGGUUAUGGUGCCGGUGGUGGUGCUGGUGGUGCUUCUGGUUAUGGUUAUGGAUCUGCCUCUGCAUCAUCCUCAUCUUCUGGCUCUUCUGGUUGGUGGAAGCAGUGA